AUGAAAGUUUUUCAGUGCGACUUCGAUCUGGUAGCCUACGCAUAUUCAAAUUGGACUUUUAUCAACGGCACAAUCAACGCAGAGGCUUUGGCAUGGUCACCCCUGAAUUUUACUACAACCGAGGCACUUCCGCUUGUAGUCUUCAACGCAACCAGUCAUGAGUUCCCAGAGAGCGAGAACAGGACCUUUUCAGUGAGCAUCUACGAUCUCAAAAGUAUGUAUAGCGUGCUCGCAAGCAUCUUCCAGCGCCGAAGCGACAACCAGGUGUUCUCGCAGUCCAUGUACCAGAACGCGCUCUACAACAGUGCAAACCUCACCGAGACAGCGGAGAAUAUCGCCAUGGCAAUGUCGUUUCGCAUGUUACAGGGGCCAAACGCAACGCUUGUGCAUGGUAGCGUUUACGAAAUGCAGACAUAUAUCCACGUCCACUGGUGGUGGUUGGCUCUGAAUGUCGCUCUGCUGCUUCUUGCCUCUGCACUCCUUGGGACUACGAUCGCCUUGUCUCGCGAGGCAAAUCUGGGGGCGUGGAAGUCGUCGCUGGAUCCGCUACUGUAUGGCGUUGAUUUAGUCGGCAGUGUUCCACUGUCUGCGGAGAAUCCAGGUGUCAGCUUGGAUGAAGACUCGCAAAGUCCGAAGAAGAAGACGAUCAUCCAGCAGUCCAGGUGGUCUGACUCCGCGAAGCUUGCGUUGAUUAUCGAGAUUCUGGAAAAUCUGCAUAUUUUCCAAGUCGCCCGAAGCAGCAGCUUUCAGAGAUUCCACCUGCCCUACGCCGCAGCAUCACUAGCUGCCCGUGAAAAUUUGAGCGAGUCAGCGUCCGAACUCACGAUCCGUUUAAAUGGUUCGGUCGUCUCCCAAUCAAAUAAUUCAAAAAGAAAUCUUCUCCCGAAAUUCCAGCCCGCCUUGUGCAACAGCGGCGAUGGAGCUAUCGGCACAUACUGGCAAACGGCGCCGUCGACUGCCCCUUUUGGGACAGCUGAGUACUAUGGGAAUCUCAACAUUCUCGUGCACAAGGCGAUAUGCAGCGCACAGCUGUUCUACCCAUCGGAGAGUGGAAGCCAGCUACCACUUGGGCGGGAGGGCAACAGCCAGCCUAGAAUGGAUAAGAGGAUAUAUGACACAAAGAAGAUGAGGCGGCCGCGGCCAAGAGUGAUUGGGAUAGGGAAGCGCCGUCUACCUUCCACGGCCUCAUUCCCCGGUACCAGCGACUUGAUGGCAACGGACUCGGACAUCAAAGUACGACGAAGUCCAGAUCCAGCAGCGGAGCCUGUCGAUGACAGCCUGUGCCUCCACAGAAUCAUGAAGAAGCGCGAGGCCGAACGCAAGGCGCGGGCCGACGAGGAAGGAGCAGCUGCCGGCGUGGGCAUUGACAAAGCUACACCCGGUUCCCCUGACGCACUCGCCGAGGGAUAG